AUGGAUCACCAGAUGGUCACAGACGACAAUAAUCAGACGGAAAAGCAGGGAGCAAACUAUGGAGGAUACCAGGCAAGACCACGGAAUGAUGUCCAGUACCUCUAUUGUGGUGUUGAAAACGACAUUCGACCACGAGAACCGAUACGCUGCAAGGCGUGUGGUCACCGUAUCAUGUACAAGAAGCGCACGAGCAAAAUGGUUCAAUUCGAAGCACGAUGA